CAGAUGAUGCGUUAUCGUUCAGCUGUUCAUGUAGCCUAGUGUUUGAUUGUGUUUCCCUGUAAAACCAGGAAAUGUUUUAAGUUGAGCGGAUGUUCAGCUUCUCGCUCUCUAUCUUCAUCAGCAGCGCGGGUGAGAUCGAGCUCCAUCAUAAUGGGUGAACAAAGCAUCUGUCAGGCGCGGGCCACCGUCAUGAUGUACGAUGAUGGCAGUAAGCGCUGGUUACCGGCCGGUUCUGGCGCUCAGGCCAUCAGCAGGGUUCACAUCUUCCAGAACCCCAGUAACAACAGCUUCAGGGUGGUGGGACGCAAACAACAGGCCGAUCAGCAGGUGGUCAUUAACUGUCCUCUGGUCCGGGGGAUCAAAUAUAACCAGGCCACUCCUACGUUCCACCAGUGGCGUGAUGCACGGCAGGUCUGGGGUCUGAACUUUGGCAGCAAAGAAGAGGCGGCUCAGUUCGCCAGCGGCAUGACGCAUGCGCUCGACAUGCUCAGCGGAGACACCGGUGCGUGUCCUCCUCCUCCUCGACCGCCUCUGAACGGCCCGAGCGCUGAGGAGAUAGAGCAGAAGAGGAGGCAGGAGCAGCAGGAGAGAGAGCGACAGGAGAGAGAGAGACAGGCGUCUGCCGCUCCAGCCCUGCCUCCUGGCCCUCCUCCCGCUCCUGGCCCCAACUCUGCACCUCCUCCUCCCCCUGGACCUCCACCCGCUCCAGGACCACCACCUCCCCCACCACCACCUCCACCUCCUUCAGGAGGAGGCCCGCCGGCCCCCCCGCCCCCGCCCUCAGGAGGAGGAGGAGGAGGAGGAGGAGGAGGAGGAGGAGGAGGUGGUGAUGGAGGUCUGGCCGCAGCACUCGCUGGAACUAAACUACGCAAAGUGGCCAAGGACGAUAGCGGAGGACCGGCUCCUGCAGUGAGCGCCAGCACAGGAGGAGGAGGAGGAGGAGGAGGAGGCGGUGGCGGUGGUGGAGGAGGACUGAUGGGAGAAAUGAGUGCAAUUCUCGCUCGACGGAGAAAAGUUUCUGACAUUCCAGUGGUCAAGAAGGAAGAAACAGGCAGCGCUGAUUCUGUGAACAGUGACUCAAGAGCUGCAGACAAACCAGAUGGGGUGAAGAAGCCCUGGGAGAAACCGUCGUCUGUGUCACGGGUGAAUUCAGCGUCUAAGAGUCAGGACAAGAGCCCGGUGUCUCCUGCGACUGCGGCUCCGUUGAGCAGGACGAGACCCGGCAGCAACACAGGAGAUGCUGCAGACAUGGAGAAACUCAAACAGGACAUCCUGGAGGAGAUGCGCAAGGAGCUGCAGAAGGUGAAGGACGAGAUCAUCAGCGCUCUGCUGGAGGAGCUGCAGAAGAUCAAUGCGGCGUAGCUGCGCAUCAGGAAGAUCUGCGCAAACGUCUGCGCAGAACCACGAACACAAGACGCUUCUUUCUCACGCUUCAAGAUGCAAGAAACUCACUCCAGCACCCGAGACACUCGCUUUUACCCUCGUCGUUUCACACACGCUGCCUUUCACUUCUCUUUUUUUGUGAAUAUUAAUGAUGUCUUUUAAUGUGUUUCUGAUCCGCUGCUGUGUCAAGCGUUCAUUCUCUCUCUUGCAUUUGUGUUUUAAUCUCAUCUGUUUACAUGUAGAGGUGUUACAUGUACGACCUGGAUCUAGAAACAGUGUGACUGGUUAGUUGUUUACAUCUAUGAUGAUCGGAAUAUUUGAGAUUCUGUGUAAUUGCAGGUUAUUUAUCAUGCACUGUUAUGUAAACCGGGUCAGUGGAAACGUUUAGAGAAAAACUGUGAAAAUACAUGAAAUAUGAAAAAAUCAGGGUAAAUUAAAUAAAUAUAAAUAAUCUGAAUGAAUUAAAAAAUUUGAUUGAAACAAAACAAUUAAAAUAAAUAAUUAGUUUAGAACAACAGUUUGAUUAAAGUAUAAUGUGUUUAAAAAUAAUUUGUAUAAAACAAAAAUGUUAUUAAAAUAAAUUGAUUUAAAAUUGAUAGAUAAUUGACAAAAUUGAUGACUGAUUAAAAAUAAAUGGAUUUAAAAAAUAAAUAAUUUGAAUAAAAUUAAACCUUGAUUACAAUAAAUUGGUUUAAAAAUAAAUAAUCUGGGUAAAAUAAAAAAUGUAUUACAAUAAAUUGAUUUUAAAAUAAUUAAUUUGAAUUGAAAAUUGAAAUAAAAAAGUUAAUUAAAAUAGGUUUAAAUGACAUUUUUAAAUUGGAUUAAAAAUUAAUCAUUUAAAUGAAAUAAAAAGCUGAUUAAAAUAAACUGAAUUUAAAAAUGUGAUUUAAAUAAAUCUAAUGGUGCAGUAUUCCAGUGAACAAAGAAUAAUGUAUUAUUAAAAAUAAUUGUAAAAAUCGUAAAAUUUGUGUAAAAUAAAAAAAGGACUGAAAUCAAUUUGUUUAAAAGAAAUCACUUGAAAUUCAAAAGUUAAUAAUAAAAUAAAUAUUUUUUUUACUCAAGUAAGCAUUUUCUAUAAUAGUUUUUCGCAAUAUAAAUGUAUUUUUAUAAAUCGGACACCUGAAAGAUUGAAACCCCCCAAGUUUGUUUGUUAAAUCAUGUAAGAUAAUAAGAUUGAAUAAGAUCCAGAUGUGAUUCUCAGGGAUGCACAGAUGUUCUGAAGCUCUGAAUGUGUAUGAGGAACAUCAGCUAUGUAUUAAUAAUAUGUGUUAUUUGUAUAUGAUGUCAUUAACAGAAAAGUACUGUAGUAUUACCAUGGUACCGCCAAAGUACUUUUAAUGAGUUGAGAGUGUGUGUGUGUUAAGAGUAGUUUUGGGUAACUUUGUACGGCAUGUCGUUGUUUUACAGUAAGAGAUCCGCUAUGCAGCGCUUGGAAGAGCAAAUAAAGCCGUUUGAAGAUCAGGCUGAUCCCAGA